AUGAACGACGAAGAGGCCAUGGCCAAUAUUUACAAGAAGAUCGAGCGCGAGAAAGCUCUGAUCAAUGCUGCCAAUUCUAUGCGACAGCAGACCAACAACGACGAUGUCAGGUCGCGUCUUGAUAGCCAGAUGCGCGAGGGCCGUCGGAAUCUCCAGUUUUUUGAAGAGAAGCUUCGCGAUUUACAGAUGAAGCGUUUGGGACAAGGGGUGGAUAACAUGAACAUCGGUUCAGGCUCUGCCACCGGUUCUUUACGUCCUAGCAGCCUCGAAAUGCGUGAUAGCGAUGCACCACCGCCUCCGCCUAAAGAUGCCGGUGCGCUGUCGGGAGAUCAAGGCUCUUAUGGCACGCUGCCCUACAGCCAAAUCGGCGGUCAUGGAGAUAUCAUGCCGCCACGGCAUCCAUACGCACCCCCGGGCCCAACUUCGACCAUUCCGAAACCACGGCCAAACUUUACCAAGUUAGAUCUUAUUAAAUAUGAUACCCCAUAUCUCGGUCCUCGAAUCCAACUCAUGCUCUCGCAAAUCCAGUUUAAACUUAAUGUCGAGGAGCAAUACCUCAAGGGUGUAGAAAAGAUGGUUCAACUGUACGGCAUGGAAGGCGAUCGCAAAAGCAAGGCCGAUGCCGCAGCAAGAAGGGUCGAGAGUAAACAGAAGAUUCAUCUCUUGAAGCAGGCACUAAAGAGAUACGAAGAACUUCAUAUAGAUGAUUUGGAUUCAGCUGACUCUCCUGACGAUGAUAGUAUCAACAUGCCCAACCUACGCAAACCAUUAACUGGUCAGCUCUCUAUUAGAAUUGUCCAAGUAAGAGACGUGGACCAUGCCAGUACCGGGCGAUUCUCGAGAGGCCCAGAAACCUUCAUUGCUAUCAAGGUAGAGGACAACGUCGUUGCACGGACAAGGGUCUCACGUACCGAUCGAUGGGAAGCCGAAUAUCACAACAUCGAGGUAGAUAAGGCGAACGAAAUCGAACUUACAGUUUACGAUAAGCCCGGCGAACACGCGUUACCUAUUGCCAUGCUAUGGGUACGGAUAUCAGAUAUUGUGGAAGAGAUGCGAAAAAAGAGAAUUGAGGCUGAAGUUAGCAACUCUGGUUGGGUAUCUGCCGAUAGGAUGGGAGGAGGCCCCGGAGUGCCUCCGCCGCAGUUUCCAAUGGAUCCACCGCAAGCUGGUGCCGGACCUGCCUCCCCUGGCCUCGCUGGUCCCGGUCAGCAGCAGUUUGGACCACAAGCAGUGCCCCAAGUUACCUCUCAACCGAUCGAUGCUUGGUUUAACCUGGAGCCUACAGGUUCCAUCCAUCUAUCACUUAGCUUCAUAAAACAAAGUAAAGACCGUCGGCCUGUCGAUCUUGGUCUUGGGCGAAAGGGUGCCAUUCGCCAGCGCAAGGAAGAGGUACACGAAAUGUACGGACACAAGUUCGUGCAACACCAAUUCUACAACAUCAUGCGCUGUGCCCUUUGCGGCGAUUUCCUCAAAUAUUCCGCCGGCAUGCAGUGUGAGGACUGCAAAUAUACCUGCCAUACGAAAUGUUACCCGAGUGUGGUUACGAAGUGUAUUAGUAAAAGUAACGCCGAAACGGAUCCAGAUGAAGAGAAAAUCAACCACCGCAUUCCCCAUAGAUUCGCGCCAUUUUCGAACGUUACAGCUAAUUGGUGCUGUCACUGUGGUUAUAUACUGCCUUUUGGAAAGAAAAACUGCAGGAAGUGUACCGAAUGCGGGCUUACGGCUCAUGCACACUGUGUGCAUCUCGUACCGGACUUCUGUGGUAUGAGUAUGGCCGUUGCUAAUCAGAUCCUCGAAGGCAUUAGAUCAUCAAAACGACAACAAAAAGCAACUUCGUUGACCGAUAAGACCCUUAGACAGGGCAAGAGUAGCCCUACUAGCACAUCUUCUGGUCCUAUGUCGCCCUAUAGCACUCAUGGUGCGCCGUCUUACCAGCCGAGCACCGCUUCUCAAGAGGCUACCGAUGCUGCUAAAGCUAUGUAUGCUAGUCAGGCCUCGCCAACAAGGCCUAUUUAUCCUGAUCGUACCUCAUCCGGCUCAAGUGCCGCCGCCGCCGCCGCCACAGCUGCUAUGAGCGGUAGUGUGAGUUCGCCAGGUCGUCCAACUCAAGCUUCAGACUACUCUGGCAGGACUGGUGGUUACGGAGGAACCGCAGAUACUCAGGAGGAUCCUUACGCAGCUGGCCAGCCUUAUAAUGUACCUUCGCAGCCGAAGUAUAACCCAGCAGCAUACGCAAACAUUGCCAACUACCCUCCAAGUCAGCCACAAGUGCCACAACAACAGCAACGCCCAGCCCAACAACCGCAAUCCCCGGUGCCUCAAAUACAACAACAGCAGCAGCAGCAGCAGAUGUUCCCACCCGUUGCACCUGUUUCUAAACCACAGCCGGUCCAGGAAACCCCCUCCCUAACAACGGCUUCUACAUUACCACCUCCCUCUAGGAAACCUUUGCCCUCCGCAACCGAUCCAGGAACUGGUCAACGUAUCGGAUUGGACCACUUUAAUUUCCUCGCAGUUCUCGGCAAGGGUAACUUCGGUAAGGUUAUGCUGGCUGAAACGAAGAAAUCGCGAAGGCUUUACGCUAUCAAAGUUCUAAAGAAGGAGUUUAUCAUUGAAAACGACGAAGUUGAAAGUAUCCGGUCCGAGAAAAGGGUGUUCCUGAUUGCGAAUAGAGAGCGUCAUCCGUUCCUGACUAACUUGCAUGCCUGUUUCCAAACCGAAACAAGAGUAUACUUUGUAAUGGAGUACAUUAGCGGUGGUGAUCUGAUGCUUCAUAUCCAGCGUGGACAGUUCGGCACCAAACGUGCACAAUUCUACGCGUCUGAGGUUUGCUUGGCGCUUAAGUAUUUCCAUGAGAACGGCGUCAUUUAUCGUGAUCUGAAGCUUGACAACAUCCUUCUCACGUUGGAUGGUCAUAUCAAGAUUGCUGAUUACGGUUUGUGCAAAGAGGACAUGUGGUAUGGCUCUACUACCAGUACUUUCUGCGGUACACCCGAAUUCAUGGCCCCAGAAAUAUUAUUGGAUAAGAAAUACGGCAGAGCGGUAGACUGGUGGGCUUUUGGAGUUCUAAUUUACCAGAUGCUUUUGCAGCAGUCACCUUUCCGAGGUGAAGACGAAGACGAGAUCUACGACGCGAUUCUUGCAGAUGAACCGCUCUAUCCUAUUCACAUGCCCAGGGAAUCGGUCUCGAUACUACAAAAACUCCUCACGAGAGACCCCGACCAACGAUUGGGAAGUGGGCCAACUGAUGCUCAGGAGGUCAUGAGUCAGCCUUUUUUCAGAAACAUCGUAUGGGAUGAUAUCUACCAUAAGAGGGUGGCCCCUCCUUUCAUGCCCACUAUCAAGAACGCGACAGAUACCAGCAAUUUCGAUUCCGAAUUUACUAGCGUUACGCCGGUUCUUACGCCGGUGCAGUCAGUGCUUUCGCAAUCUAUGCAAGAAGAGUUCCGCGGAUUCUCAUACACAGCGGAUUUUGACUAG